UGAUUUGGUAAAACUUAGAUUGAAUAUAAAUUAAAAAUUGUUAAUUUGCGUUUGGUUUCCUAACCGUAGUUAAUUCACUGAUUCGAUGUCAAAUUUACCGCCACUAUCAGCGGCCGGUAAAAAAUGAGAUUGAAUGUAUAUUCCUGUUAUUUAGAUAAUUCAAAGAAUACACACCUAAUACAACAAAAUAAUUGCUCACUAUCAGAGCUGAAUACUAAAAUAUUUAAUCCUCGCUGAAGAAAUAAACCUAUAAAUUAUUGAUUUUUCUACAGACAAAAACAAAGAGCCGAAAUGAAUUCAAGAACCAAAUACUACUUAUCCUUACUGAUCACAGUGGCUGUUUAUUUUGGAGUUUCCAAUGUCGUGUUUAACAAAGUGAACGACACAAUUCAUAUUGUUAUAGAUGAAUUAUUCCAUAUACCACAAGGUUUGGCGUUUUGCGAGCGAAAUUUCACAUAUUGGGAUCCUAAAAUAACCACACUCCCUGGACUGUAUCUCGUGUCCGCUGCGUUUCUAGGAAGCUAUUUCCAAUGCAAUGUGUACAAUCUACGAUUCAUAAACUUAAUAGCAUCAUGUGUCAACCUGCUGCUGUUUGCUUCAAUACUGAAAUUCGUUUACGGAUCAAAUAACUACUUCAAAAACGUAAUGCAAGCAUUAAACCUAGCGUUGUUACCACCUUUGUACUUCUUUUCACAUGUCUAUUAUACGGACACAUUGUCGUUGACAUUUUUGUUAAUGUUUUCCAGAUUAUGCUUUACAAAUAGACAUAAGUUAUUGAUAUUAAUUUUUGGCCUGGCCAGUGUUUUGAUGCGUCAAACAAACAUAGUUUGGAUAGCUAUGGUAUUUGGCCAUAAAGCGUUAGACAUUUUCAUACGCAGCUCUAGAGUAUUUGGCAACCAGAACCUAACAAAAGUAAAACUGAGUAAGACUUCUCUUAUAGCCCGUGAUGUUGAUUCAUCGAAAUUGAAGCGUUAUUAUGGGCUCAGUGACUUUUUUGUGGCUCUAAAAUACCAUGUGUCCACAUGCAUGAUUACGUUUUUCAAGUUCCUAUCUUUGCAAGAUAUGUUAAUAUUAUUCACUCAUUGUAUUAUAUUGUCAUCUUUUGUAGCGUUUGUGUAUGUGAACGGUUCCAUUGUUGUCGGUGACAAAAAGGCCCAUGAAGCGACCUUGCACAUCCCUCAAAUAUUUUACUUUUUGCUUUUCUAUUGUGUGUUUGGUUUGCCAUAUGUACUAACUAAGACUUUAUCAACAUUUAAGUUAAUGAUUACGAAUAAAUUAAAAAUAGUUUUUCUGGGUUUGCUGUUCGCUUUGAUUGUGCAUUAUAAUACUGUGACGCAUCCAUAUCUAUUAGCCGAUAACCGACACUAUACAUUCUACGUUUGGAACAGGUGGUUUGGUAAAUUUGACUAUGCAAUUUAUGCUACAAUACCAUUGUAUGUAUUUUUACUAUGUAACUUGUAUGAUAAUUUACGCAACCAAAAUUGUAUAUCGUUUCUGUUGCCAUAUUCAGUUUGUUUAUUUGUUGUGUUAGCAUUACAGAAAAUGAUUGAGGUUAGAUAUUUCUUAGUUCCUUACAUAAUUUUAAGACUUAGGUUUGUCAAGGCAUCAAACUUAAUUAUUGGUUUCGAGUUCUUGUGGUAUUUGAUUAUUAAUAUUGUGACAUUUUAUUUAUUUUUCAAUAAGGAGAUACUUUGGAAAGAUUUUAAUUAUGCCCAGAGAUUAAUUUGGUAAUUUUAAUAUGUAUUUAUAAUAGUUACAACGUCAUUUAUUCACAAUUAAUUUGCAACUCUUUUGACAUGGAGAUUGAAGUGGGACAGUUUUCAAUCUAUCCUUGUUUCCUUGUAUAAGAUAUCGCUGUAUGACAGAAUAGACUGAAGUAUGAAUGUACUGAAUAAUUGAAAGGAAUCUCCAUAUCAUUAGAUUAAUGAAUUACAAUAGCAAUAAAUUUGAAUAGUUUUCAAACAAGUGUGUGCAUAGAAUUUUGACUCUAACUCCACAACGUAAAGUAUGAAUUAGUAUAAAAAAUUUAACUGAUGAGGCCUUGGGUGGAUAUACCAAUGACUUACUUUUGUUUUGAAGAUGCUAUCGAUAUCUAAAGUAACCACCAAUGACUAUAACUACAGUUUAUAUUCAAAUCUACAAUAUUGUCCGCAAAAUGAUAAUACUUCCUUUUUUUCCAAGAAAGACUUUAUAUCUAUCACAAUAAGGUCUAAUUUCGCGUAUGCCUCCUAUCAUAUGAAGUGGGUGAUAUUUUGUUAAAAGUUAAAUCUUUUCAAAAAAGAUAUUGACUUGUGAACAUUUAAUUAAAUUUUUAGUAUGUAGGUAUUUGUAAAUAUUUUUUUAGUCCACAAACGAUUUACGCUUCAAGAUGUUGAACAUUGAAUUUGUUUACUUUAAGAAUGUAUUUUCCGUAGUAUUAAAAUUGACAUAAGCAAUAUUAAUGUAUUUGUUAUAAAUUAAUUUUCUAUAAUGUAUAAUGCAUGUGAUCACUUGGAAUAACGUUUGUGUAGUUAGUAUAUUGCAAUUUAAACUUAAUGGUAGUUUCGAAAUUGGCUCAAGUCGCACGUUUCAUACCGCCGUUUCACUAAGUUAUUCGUUUUUGCUAUUUGUAAACUUGUCUACAGUCUGUCCUUAUCAUUCUUUGUAAGGAUUAAAACGGACAGACUGAUGUUAAGUUUACAAAUAGCCAACACGAAUAGCCAACUUAAGUGCUGGCAUCAUGGAAGAAGAAGCAUGUUUGCAGCCCGGCAAUGUGAGGAUGGUUGGUGUGGCAGUU